AUGUCUGCUUCCAAGGUGCCCGACACGCUCAUCCAAAAACACCCACUGCAGCGACUGCUGAGCCCCUCUCGGCAAACAUCCGCAGCCGUCCACUUUCUUGGGCUGGUGAGCUUCGGGCUGUCUUUUAAACAUCUUGUCGACAAUCCAACUUUUGCCUCCGAUGGCUAUGGAUGGUACUUUGUUUUCCUGACCAUUAUCGGUCUUUUAAUAUCGACCCUGACCUUUGCCGUCGGGCUCGCCGCGGACAUUACCCUUUCUCGCCGCCUCUUUCUAUUGAAGAACCUUUUGUCCGUGAGCAGUACUCCGUUGGAAGUACUGAUUAGUUUGUUGUACUGGGGGAUUCGAGCGGUGGAACCCAGCUACAUCUUGCGGGAAGAUGAUAUUAUAUCAUUUCAUGUUGAUCUGGGCUUCCAUCUGAUGCCCGCUUUAUUCCUGCUCUUUGACCUUUUAUACCUCUCGCCGCCAUGGACCAUUUCCGCAGCGCCCGCCAUUGGCAUUUACAGCGGCAUUGCCUUUUGCUACUGGUUCUGGCUUGAAAAGUGCUACUCGAUGAACGGAUGGUAUCCCUAUCCGCUGAUGGAGUUGCUCGACACAAAGGGGCGCAUCGCGCUGUUCUCGGUCGCCACGGCUUUAAUGUCAAUCAACAUGGUCACGCUGAAAUGGCUUAUUGGAGCAUUGCGUCGGCAGUUCAUGUGGCUGGAUAAAACCCACAUUCUAGAAUACGCUGUACAUGUGAACCCAUUACAUAAUCCGCAUGUGGGUCUCCAAAGUUACGACACCCGGCGAGCUCUGGAAAGCUUCACUCGCACUUGCACUUCCAUUGAUUGCAUCACAAGACCAACAAGCGACAAGAUGCAUGCCACCCUGAUACACGCUCCUUUACGGACUGCCAUACUGGGCAGCUCCCGCUUCUCGUGCGGACUGGCGCCAUUCGUAUCCGCCACUUCAUUGGCACACCAGCCAUCACCAUCAUCGUCAACAGUACCACGAGCCAAAAACAAUGCAUCGUCGAAGCGAGGGUUUGUCACUUUUUCAACAGAAUGCAAAGCUCGCCCUGCUGUCCGAUCGCAGCUAUGCAAACAAAAUGCCAUGUCCAGCCUCUCACAGAUUUCUUCCAUCUCCUGCAAACGCAGUUUCAGCAGCUCUGCCAGCGCAAAAUCACCAUCUACAACGGGAAAGAAGAGCAGUGGUUCUGCAGCAGCAAACACGAAAUACCAAGACGGCGCCCCCCUCGACUGGAACACGUUUUUCAAACUGCGCACAUCUCGCCGCCGCUACUCGCUCGUCUCGUCCAUUCUCGCGUCGCUUGCCAGCACUGCUGUGGGCGUGCAGGUGCUUUCGGCGCAGGACAUUGAUACCAUGGGUGCGCAGGUGAUGGGUCUUGAUCCGUUUAUUGUGCUGGGUCUGGCGACGGCGGCAUGUGGCGCGCUGGGAUGGUUGGCUGGGCCAGUUCUGGGGAAUACAGCUUGGGGGCUGGUGAAUAGGCGAUACCGAGGGGGGGUUGCAAUUAAAGAGAAAGAAUUCUUCCACCGCAUCAAGCGCUACCGCGUUGACCCCUCGGCAAACUCAAUCGCUAACCCUGUACCAGACUACUACGGCGAGAAGAUUGGCAGCGUGCAGGGGUACCGCCAAUGGCUCAAGGACCAGCGGGCCUACAACCGGAAGAAGUCGAGAGCUAUUCUGUGA